AUGGAGCUGUCGGAAGACUUGCAGAGGGGUUUGCACCGCUUAGCGGAUUCAGCCCGUUUUGGCCCCAAAUCCUUUACGGCUCUGCUCCGGGCGGCUUUCCUGAGCCUGAGCGGGGAGCAGGCCGCAGACACAGCCCUAGGUAAGGCCGUAGUAGGAGGAUCAGGCGGGGCUGGCAUGGAGGCAGGGUCCUGUCUUUGUGCAGCUUUUCCCUGGAAAUGUGUGAACCCCGCAGCAUGGAUCUGGGGGGUUCGGGCUAGUAGGGGGCCCUACACUCGGUGACUCGACCAUGAUGCGGUCAGAGUUUGAAUGCAUGCUUAGUGAAGCUCACACAGGCAGCCCAGCUUCCAUAGCUUUGUUCUGCUUCCUGCUACUGGCCACCAUUUCAGCUCAAACAGGCAGCGGGCUAGCAGGGCAAACGGGGGCUUGGGGGGAACGGGGAGGGGAGGAGGCAGCAGGCUAGCGGGGCAAAUGGUGUCAGGGGGCAGGCGACUUGCCGGGCGAACGGGAAAAGGCAGGUAGUAUGAAUGGGCUGGAGGUUUCCAGUGCAGUUAUACACCCAGCCUGCCCAGCAUCGGUGGGUGUAUAACUGCUCUUCGGGGGUCAGUUAUAUCCGGGGGCAAUGCCACCUAAAAAUAACUGCAAAGUGAGUGAAUGUACUUUGAAUAUAGAAAGUGUGGGAGCUGAGUGUACUACGUGCAUUGACUAUGCCAUGAGUAUGUGUUUGUGUCUAUGUAUGUGAGAUCUAGGGGUUGUUGUGGGUAUAUUUGUGGGGGAAAGAUCUUGGGAGAGUGAGUGUGGGGGGAACUAGGGGCUUCGUGUGUGUCUGUGGAGGGGGCAUUAGACUAGAGGACGAGUGUGGGAGGUGGCUGAGUGUGUUUGUGUGUGGCAUCCUGAGGCCGAGCGUAUUUUUAUGUGGAUUUGGGGACUGAGUAUGUUAUGUAUGUGGGAUCUAGGGGCUGAGUGUAUUUUUGUGUGUUGUGUAUGUGGGAAAUACGGACUGAGCAUGUUUGUGCGGAGGAUCUAGGGGCUGAGUGUGUUUGUGCGGAGGAGCUAGGAGCCGAGUGUGUUUGUGCGGAGGAGCUAGGAGCCGAGUAUGUUUGUGCGGAGGAGCUAGGAGCCGAGUGUGUUUGUGCGGAGGAUCUAUGGGCUGAGUGUGUUUGUGCGGAGGAUCCAGGGGCUGAGUGUGUGUGUGUGUGUGUAUGAUCUAUGGGCUGAGUGUGUUUGUGUGGGGAUCUAUGGGCUGAGUGUGUUUGUGUGGUGGAUCUAGGGGCUGAGUGUGUUUGUGUGGUGGAUCUAGGGGCUGAGUGUGUUUGUGUGGUGGAUCUAGGGGCUGAGUGUGUUUGUGUGGUGGAUCUAGGGGCUAAGUGUGUUUGUGUGGUGGAUCUAGGGGCUGAGUGUGUUUGUGUGGUGGAUCUAGGGGCUGAGUGUGUUUGUGUGGUGGAUCUAGGGGCUGAGUGUGUUUGUGUGGUGGAUCUAGGGGCUGAGUGUGUUUAGCGUGUGGGAUCUAGGGGCUGACUAUGUUGUGUGGGAUCUAGGGGCUGAGUGUAUUUUGGGUGUGGGGUCUAGGGGCUGAGUGUGUUUUGGGUGUGGGAUCUAGGGGCUGAUUGUGUUUUGGGUGUGGAAGAUCUAGGGGCUGAGUGUGUUUUGGGUGUGGAGGAUCUAGGGGGCUGAGUGUGUUUUGGGUGUGGAGGAUCUAGGGGGCUGAGUGUGUUUUGGGUGUGGAAGAUCUAGGGGGCUGAGUGUGUUUUGGGUGUGGAAGAUCUAGGGGGCUGAGUGUGUUUUGGGUGUGGGAGGAACUAGGGGGCUGAGUGUGUUUUGGGUGUGGAGGAACUAGGGGGCUGUGUGUGUUUUGGGUGUGGAGGAACUAGGGGGCUGAGUGUGUUUUGGGUGUGUGGAGGAGGAUCUAGGGGGCUGAGUGUGUUUUGGGUGUGGAGGAACUAGGGGGCUGAGUGUGUUUUGGGUGUGGAGGAUCUAGGGGGCUGAGUGUGUUUUGGUUGUGGAGGAUCUAGGGGGCUGAGUGUGUUUUGGUUGUGGAGGAACUAGGGGGCUGAGUGUGUUUUGUGUGUGAGAUCUAGGGGUUGAAAGUGUGUGAGAAAUCUAGUGAUUUUGUGGGCGUGGUUUAGGUGUUGAGUGUGGGGAAGGAUCUAAUGUAGAGAGGAUGUUGUAGCUAAGUUUGUGGACGCCUGGAGCUACAGUGCUUUUAUUUAUUAAGGGAAAUAGGUUGUUAUUGUAAGUCGAAGUGCUAAACUAGAAGCAUUCACCAUGGAAACCAAAAGAACGUCUUUCCACAUGUAGUUCUUUGCACUAUGGUAGCGUAUGUUUUACUUGGAUACAUUAGACACAAUAUCUGAGGUAGAGCAUCAACAGUACACUUACCGGGAAACUUGGUUUGUUUUGUGGCUGAUAUGUUUCUUGAAAAAUCUGAAAAUGGAGAAAACGGUUUACAAACGUUAGAAUAUAUACAAAAUAUAAGAAGUACUAAUGGAGUGUACAACAAUAAUCUAAUAUCUAAAUAACAAGGAAAGUAACGGACAAAUCAAUAUCACAAUCCACAACAGGACGUUAUAACAUGGCGUGAGAUAGAUGCACUAGCUACAGUAACAGAGAGGCUACAAACACUAAGUUAUAAGUGGAACAAACAUGAUGAGGGUUACACUACUGGUAGGGAGUAAUUCCACUUUGCAAUUGUACCCUCUCUAUAUAUUGCUUUAGGUGGCUGCUCUAAGUGUGGUGUGAUUUUAUUCUGCACUCUUAUUGAGACUGUUGUGGGUUAAAUUGGGACAUCUACUAUCUGGGACCUCCUGUUAAUUUCUCUUUGUCACUCCCAGGAAUACCAACAAGUCUUCUUGCUAAAUGUAACCUUAAUAAGCAGGCCAACAAGUAUGUACAAAAUGAAACACGCAAGGCACUAUCUUUUCAAAGUUCUUGUACACUGCCGUAAUUCAGUACAUAUCGCAGCGAGAUAUCUGAUAUCUGUAUGAACUAAUGGGGUGAUCCACUAAUAUCAAGAUAAAUCAUAGACCAAUGUGCUUUAUAAAACACGUACAUGUGCAGGUCCCUGCCGGGCAUUUAUAGGGUUUCGUUUGGAUUUGAAUUCCUGCUUUCAUUUUCUUAGAUUAGAAUAGAAAAAUACCAAUAUCUAGUGCCCUUUAUCGCUCUAUUUGGUUGUUUAAUGUUGUGUGUUUGUACAAGAGUUUGUGUACACUGCUGUAUUUGUUAGUUUUAGCCUGUGUGCAAGUGUAUGUUUGAUAUAUAGCGGUAAGUACAUUCACUGCUGGUCAUUUUACAUUUAUGUGUUAUGUUCUGUAGUAUACACAGCACUAAUUCUAUACUCCUUGCUGUAACAGUACUAUGGGCCUGAAAAGAUCUCCAUUAUUGUGGACACAUCUAUUUUGAUUUUACAGUUGUUUCGAUCUCUUUUUGAUAUAGUUUAUGUAGAUUAGUUGGGCCUGUUGGCGUUUUUUUGCUGUCAGAUAUGUUACUCUGGCACAUUGUAAUAUUUGUUCUGAGUUAUACACGUAUGUGUACAAGUUGUUCUUUAUUACAAAUACAGAGGGUUGUUGUGUUAUGCGUUAGACAGUCUUUGUUGCACACUGAAACCCUUUCUAUAUUUGGGGGGUGGAGGGGGGAUUUAUGUGACAUUGUAACAUUUGCUUGAUAUUAAUUCACUUGCUCUUUAUAACAUAUUUAAGCAAUCGUUCUGAAUUACACAUUGGAACAUGUGUUCUGUAUUAGGCAUGAAAUCACUGGUUCUGUAUUAAACAUUGCAAACGUUUUCCUGUAUUAGGUAAUGGGGGCCUGUUCUGUAUUACACAUUGGAAGAUUUUUCUCUGUAUUGGACAUUAAGCCCUUUUUUUAGUAUUGAGGAAUUGGAUCACUGGUGUUUUACAUAUUGCAAAGUCCCUCCAAUAUUAAGCAUUAGAGCACUUGUUCUGUGUGAUGGCUUUGAACUAUAAUUCAUAUUGUACAUUGGAGAAUGUGUUCGCAAAUACAUAUUUGGGUAGUCGUUCUGUAUUACACAGUGUAACAUUCUGCACUAAGUAUUAGUAUUGGUUUUCUAUCAAGUAUGUUAACGUUUUGUAUUAGGCAAUGGGGAAAAAACGUACUGUCUUAUAUAUACAUAGAAACCCUUAUUCUGAACAAGACAUAUUUUUUAUCCUAUAUAUUAAAACACGUUUUAAAUAUUGAAACACGUGUUCGAUCAGUUAUUUUGUAUUCUAUAUUACAGCAUAUUCUCUGUAUUGGGAAUCAGCUUUGUUGUGUAUUGUACACUCUAAACAAAUUAUUUGUAUUGGAAUUGUGACUCUUGUACUGCAUUGUUCUCGAUUACACGUCUGUACAAUAUUUUUUUCUACUACAUAAGAGAUAUGUCCUGUUUUGAAAAGUUGUAUAAUAAAUAGUCUUUGCAUGGCUGGCCACCGUUAUUUAGAUUUCUUAUUUGAAUGUAUUUGAGUCCCCUCAACGCCUCCAACAUUUUUGUAUGAAACGUGUAAACCGUACAUUUACAUUGUUGUUGGAAAUAUGUGUUCAGUGUUAGACAUUGUGUCAUUUAUAAUUGGUUUUGUGUCCUGUACUAUCACUUAAUAAGCAAUGGGCAUUUUAUCAACAACGUAUUAAGUUGUGUUGUCACUUGUUCUGUAUUAGGCGAUGAAUCACGUGUUCUAUUUAGGCAUUGUUUUUGUUUGUGUCCUGGUAUUAGACAAGCUAUCACUAGAGAACAUUUGAUAGUCAUUGCGUACCAUACAAUACACACAAUAUUUAAAUACAUACAGCAAUAAUGAACAAAUAUAGUGUGACCACGGUCCAAUAUCCCUGAAGCUCUGCUGGUUAUCUGGCACUGUGGAGUAUAGAUUAUCCAGCCUAGUUAUCCUUUUAAUUUGUAAUACACUGUCAGAAUAACUCAUUUCCUCUGGAUUAGGAGAUAGAUCUUCACUAAAUCGCUGGCUUUACUGCAAGAUUGUACUGCAUCCAUAUCCCCCUAGCACCAACAUCCACAAUUAUAAAAAUAUUAUCUAGAUCUGUUUGAUAAUUAAACAACUCUGAGCCCAUCCGAAUGUUACAGCAAAUGAUACAUCUUUCUUCAGAUUCCUAUGAUUGAUGUCUUUAUAAAAUAGCUUAUGGUUUGGACUUUAUCCCUAUGUAACCACAAUUACUAACCCAUGAUUUUCCUAACCCAGCACAUCUUAUGCCACAUUACUAAGAUGGUUAGAACAGGCUUGGUUAAUUAUGUUUAAUGGAUAGCAGUUAAUGUAUUAUAAAACACUGAGCUUUAUUUACUAAGCCAAGAAGUUUGGUGACCAGCUUGUUAAAUUCAGACAAAUUAAGACUUGCAGAAAAAAACAACUUUUCUGAAUUUAUAGUUUUUUUUUCUUUCUAACACUGAUCUUUGACUAAAAUUUUAUAAGUCGUUUCUCAAGUCACCACUAGUUGCUAAUUAGUGAAUAAAACACAAAAUAUGAGUGUACAAAAGGCCUUUUUGAGCUAAUAUAUCCCAGUCGGUUACUUAAACCUUUUUGGAUCUCAUAAUAAUAUGUAUUUUUGUGUGUCCUAAUCUAUGAAUCUUAUCAACAAAACAGGACUGGAACCAUAAUUAAAUUGGCUAAGACAUUAUUUCAAAACAAAUAAUAAAAAUACAUGUGAAUUCUGAUGUUCUAAAAUAAGAUCAUUCUAGUGACUCAGAUUUAGUUUGCGUUUAAAAAAGUUUGUCCAUGUUGUCAGUUGUAAAAAGGGGAGGUGGCUACUUGGUUUCAGUAGAUCAUCCAUAGCUACAAAUGAAACAAAUAAACGGACUGGCCAUGUAUCUAAACUGCAAAUGUGAUUCGUUAGUAUUGGUAAAUAUUUUCUUUGUAAAUCUGGCGCUAUUGUGUCACAUAUGACGCUAUUAUGUCACAUAUUCGCCUGCUGGUCUCUGAGAAUGAUCCAGCCAGGUUUUGACAUUUACUCGAUGGGUUGAAGUGGACAGAUCAUAAGGGUGAGAUUAAAAGCAUGGCUCUGUCUGAAAAUCUGCCUUAAAAAAUAGUUCUUCAUAUUUAGUUUAUAUAAUUGCUUCGAGCUGCGGUUUCGACGAAUUAGAUCAGGGAUAGGCAACCUUCGGCACUCCAGAUGUUGUGUACUACAUCCCCCAUAAUGCCUGCAAAGCAUCAUGGAAGGUAUAGUCCAAAACAUCUGAAGUGCCGAAGGUUGCCUAUGCCUGAACUAGACUAUCGACCGUUUGAUAAAUACCGGUUUUAUUUACUAAACAUCGAAUUGUAGCAAAUUGAAAACCGAGUUCCAAAGAUUUCAGCUUUGUAAAAAAUAAAAAUUGUUAAAAACCCACGUAACUAUAGUCAUAGCUAAGCAACUUUAGCCUUGAUUUUGCAUUUCAUUUUUCAACUCACAGUUCGCGGUUUAGUAGAUAUACCCCAUGGAUUUCGCAAACUGGCCUUGGAUCGAUUUAACUAAUAUAUUUCUGUGCUAGUUGAUAGUUUUAAUUCUGGUUUAUUAUUAUUAUUAUUAUUAUAUAUAUUUUGAGUUUAUUUUAUUGGGAGAAACAACAUCUGGGCUUUGGAACGCUCCUUUUAAAAUACAAAAUAAAAAGUAAAUAACUUUGUUUUGGUAUUUCAUUACCGUUCUUGCUUUAUUGAACAUGAGACUAUAUUAUUAUUAUAUUUAAUAUUCGUAUAUAUGUAAUCAGUCACAAAUUCGAAUCUGAAAGGAAGAUUCCACGAAUCGAAUUAUUGAAUACUUUGUGCGGUAAUUUACCACUAGUGGGCAAAUCUGUGAAUUGCACUUAGCUAUGAUCGACUUGUUAGAUCCUCAUCCCAUGCACUGCAAUGGUGCCAUCAGUGAGGUGUAUCAUGCCUCCUUUCAAACACACAGACCAAGGGGUUUAUUCACUAAACGGCGAGUUUACGAGCGGCUACAAUUAGACCAAAGUUGUAGAAUUGAAAAAUCAAUCCAACAGAAAAAUGUUGGAGAUUUGUUUAUUGAGUUCGGCCUAAAUUUUGUGUUAGCCUGUUCACCAAAGGUGACCUUUAAAGAAUAAAACCCUUAGUAAGAUAUUUUAUUAUGCAACUAUUAUACAGAUAUCAAUGAAAAAGUAGUUGACUAACUAAUAUUCUAAAUGGUAUCCAACAAAUGCAAAACCUAACUGGUUUAACUCCAUACAGUCUUUUUAAGAAAUGAUCCUAACUGUAAAAACAUAGCUAACUAUAUUUUUUACAUCGAUGGGUUCCUUUUAACUAACAUAAACCUUGCACAUACAACGUAUAAAUCAAUUCUAAAAUGCCAAACUAGUCACUCUGGCCUUUUUUUUUUCCAGUCGCGCCCUGCACUCACUAUAGGAAUACGGUGCUUUCUAUAGUACAGUGUUGGUUGACAUUUUUAAAACGUGUUCUGUCUGCAAGAAAGUCUACUUUUUAUUUUUGUAUUUUGCGGUGUAUACUUUCAGGCAUAUUUAUUAUCUUCUAUCAAUUAAAUUGGUGUGUGUGUAUAUAUAAUGCUAUUUUAAUAUAUGUAUAUAAUGUGUAUUUUUAAUUCUUUACUUGGAAUUUUAGUAUUAGGUGCAUUGGUAGACAGAUAUUUACAAAACAUGUAUUGUUAUUCGCAAAAUAAACGCCAUGCAAAAAAAAAAUCUAUAUCUAUCUAUCUGUCCAUCCAUCUAUCUUUGUUGUGGUGACAAUGUGUCUGUACUCACAACAUUCCAUUCCUGUUUUUGUGCUGCUAUAGACUGCCCAGAGUUGCAGAACAUUGACUCAGGCCACGUUAAACACAGCCAUGCUGCAGCCACUACCUGUAUACUGGAAGCUGUUAAACACAAUGCAGACAGAGCAGCAUUCAGGUACCUCACCAUCUCCCUAUGUAUCUGAAAUUAAAACCGCCUGGAUCUGCUGUCUGAUCUCACCCUUUCUCUCUUCACAGCACAUUCCUAGAAGACUGUAAACUCGACAAAGAGAGAACAGAACAGUUUUGGACAGAAUACCAGGUUCCAAGCAUUGCUUAUAAAAAUGCGCCUCUGCUUUUUCUAUUAUUUCUGCUUUCUGUGCAUCAUUAUUUUACAAUGAUCUCCUUUAUUUCAGAAACACAAGGAAGCUCUGGAAAUCCUUCUUGAGCGGUGAGUUUUCCCAUUACUCACUACCAUCCCUUCUGAUCCAUUGCCCCUUUCUUCUUUAAAAAGAUGAUAUCUAAUUGAGCAGUUUUGGCAGAGUGAUUAGACGAACAGAUGUGAUUUCAUGAAUAUUUCCCUAAUUUUAGCAUAGGUACUUCCUCCCCACAUGUAUCAGAUGUCUCCUGGCGUCUUGAAUAUCAAAUAAAGGUAAAUAAAUAGCAAACACAUGGAAAAUCAAAGUGUGUGUGUUUGUUUUUGUUUUUUCUUCUCAGCUUUGUAGCCUUAUUAGUUACUUUGUUUCAUUUUCCAGGCAAAUCAACUGUACAAAUCCUACCGCCCCACCUACCUAGUGCAAUUUGAUGUGGAGGUAAUUACGUUUUGUGCAGUCUUGGCACUGUGGGUGAAUGUGAUCUAUGUUAACAUGAUGUCUAGCCUGAGUAUAGGCAAUGCCAGCCUCUGAUUUAGGAGAUGCUUUUAAUAUAUUUUAGUUGUUUCUUUCCCUCAGAGUUCAGAGCCCAAUCAGACAACAGAUGUACGAUUUCACUGCUCUAUGGAACAAUUGCAGGUAUUUUAUUUAUUUCAGAUUGGUUAAGGGAUUUUUUUUUUUUUUUAAGUAUUCUACAUUAAGCCAAGCACUGCAACUGGGAACACAGCUCUCUUGUAAAAUACAAUACAAAACGUAAUUGAAUGACAAAUUGCUGUUUAUAUGUUUUUCUGCUUCAGAUUUCCAAACCAAAUAAGACUAUGUGGCAUUUAAAUAUCACUGUACUACUGCUUAAAUCUUCAUCUGUACACUUUCAGUAAUAAAUAAAUGCAAAGCACACUCUGUUGUGUUAGCCCCUCUGACAUAACUGUGAUUGUUGUAUUCACAAACCCAACAUAUUUCAUAGCGCUGGUAUUACAGGAUCUAUAAGAUAACUGCCUGAAUUGCCUCUACCAACAGAGUAAGGUAUUUUCAUACACAUACAUCCUAUUGAGAUCGAUAUUACGCUGUAGCAUUAACUCUUUCAGUGCCAGGUGAGCAUACAGCCUGCUAACAGUACCCUGAGAGUUCUGAGCUCAUUAAUUCACAAAAUAAAUACACAAUUUUUUACCGGAUAGUAUUAAGAUCCCAUAUACUUCAUCUUGUUCUGUUUUAGUUUUCCUUUUUAUGCAUGUAUUUAUUUAGUUAUAUAUUUUGUGAUUGAGAGUACGUAUAAAUGUCCUUAAAUGGUUUAUAUGUUAGCUCUAUUGAGGGGUAGUUUGAAGUCUCCAAGCAAACACUGUAAAUAUGUUGAGUAAUGUAUACUACUGUUGAGCAAUGUGUAACUUCAGAAGAAAGAAGUAGAGGAGCUGAAUUUGGAUAUGCUUAGUAUUAAUUAAUGAGUGCACCUGAAUCCAAAAAUGUGUCAUUUUUAUUCUUUGAAUAUUGCUCACUAUGCAGUGCAGUUCAUAGGUUCCCAGGGUGUAACUAAAUAGUUUAGGUAAGUUGAUCACCACAUACACAAAUUAAACCAGAAGAGCAGAUCACAACUCUACCAAAUUUGAAAACAUUGUUUUUCUCAACUGAACAAUUUUAAUUCUGUCAGUGGAAAAACACCAUAUCUUGAUUCAUGAAUACACCUAUAUCUAUAUCUGCAUUUUAGGAUUAUGAACGAUUGGAGAUUGUGUGUUUAGAGAGUUGCCGUUCAAUGUUUUAGAUAACCUCUGUCUUAACAAAGACUUUUAUGUAGUGAAAUGUUUUUACACAAACCUUUAUUUCCAAAGUUAUCACUUUCUCUUUACUACAGAUCCAUCACAUCAAACGAUUAUAUAUAUUUGUUUAUUAUAUUUUGUUGUUUAGGAUUUAGUGGGCAAACUUAAGGAUGCUGCAAAGAGCCUUGAGAAGACUAGUCAGAUCUGAACCCAGCUCAUCUCUCUACUACACAAGAGAUUCUACCACAAAUCUUUAUUUGUCUCUUUCCUUCCAACUCCCCCGAAUAAAUACUUUAUUUUGUUUUUGUACUCUAUUGUCAUUUUCUUCUCUUGGGAAACCUUUCAAUAAAAUAUUUUUUGUGGAUUGACAUGGUUUCUUAAUAUUUGCAUUCUUACUAAACAUUGUUUGCUACACAAACAUGUCCAAUAAUACUUGUGUGAAAUGAAAAUCUUUUCUAUUUUUUAUUUUUAUUUUUGUUGUGGUUACAUUAAGAUAUACAUUCCACCAUGGCCUCCAUUAUCCGGAAAUCAGUCCAGACAAGAUGUGUAGUGAAUGAUUAUUUUGUGCAAAUAAACAACAUGAUCCAAACAGAUUGUGUGAUUUUAUUUAUUUCAACAAUUUACACUUUAUAAGAUUAAGUUGUUUUUUGUUCUGAAAUGUAUUUGGUUUUUUUUUUCUUCUUUUCUAAUUGCAUGUUGCUAAACCUAACUGGGCUGCUACAACUAGAAGCCUAAAAAAAAAAAUAGUAUUUUUCUCGGGAACCUGGCAUCUAAGAGGUUAAUUGAUAAGCAUUUCCCCAUCUAUAUGUUUUGCCAUCUUCUUACAUUUUUUUUCCACAUUGAUCCUGUAAGGCACUGCAAGAGGAUUGUAAUCUGACCCCUUGUAUAAUUAACUCUUUGUGUAUCUGAAAUGUGGUCAAGCUUUCUGGGUCCUAAAGGUUAAACCCGUUCCUCUCUUUUGUUUUUCUUUCAAUGUUCUGCAAUCUUGUCCUAAGUUGGAAACCGAUCAUAGUCUAAAGUUUUACCCGGUUUAUUGUGUUACUGUUUUAUGCCGAUUGUUCCACAAUACAAAUUGACAGAAAUAAAUAACACUUUAAAAAAAUAAAUAAUAUAUAUCCAUAAAGGAAGAAACAGGAGUCUCUGCAAUGAUGCUACUACUUUAAUUGCUGGAUUUUAGCAAAACAAAUAUAUAAUUUUGGUUGGCUAAGGAUUAAGAUCGUAUCAUUUGAAUAAUGUUUUAAUAUUUAAUUGUAUAUUAGAAUAACUAAAAUAGGGCAAUUAAAAGCCAGGGAUCCUUUUUCUGGAGUAUAUAUGCACAGCCCCCUGUUAUGCAUAUGAUCUAUAUACGACUCCCAGUUGAUACAGGAGUAAAGUCCAAGCUAUGCUAACAGCUAAUUCGUAGAGUGAACGCAGGGGUUAAAAGUCUCGUUCAAGAAAUUGCGUCAUUUGUACUAAUAAUUUAGCGUUCUCUGUAACAAUAAAACCAAUGUUCUAGAGGCACAGAGACGCCAUCCUGGUGUUUGUUGCUUCUGUUAGAUUGAAUGUUUAACUCUUUGUGUGCCGAGGGUGUUUCAGACAAAGUGAUUAAGUGUCAAUGUGACUUAAGGGGAAUUAAAAUUAGAGGGAUCGUUCUCCCUUUUCUUUCCUCACAUUACUCCACAAGGCACCUUCUCUAGCGAGUCAUAGACCCCCCCAAAGCUACGGCCCCUGAGCCCAGCGCCGAGAGGAAAAUUUGAGGGGCUCAGAACAGGAAGAUCCCGGUAGAUAAAUAGGACGAACUGGAUUUCUGGAUGAAUCCAAAAGGGAUCCAGUGUACGAGUAUCGAAUGGAUUACAUUUCUACAGACCUCCCUCACAGCGAGCAUUUUAUAAACAUCCUUAAACUUUAAUCCACCCCAAACUGCUUCAUAAUUUUCCUAAACAUACAUUAUCUAUCUAGACUUCAUUUAUUAGCAAAAAGCAUAGCUGCACCCUGCAGAGUUACCCAUCUCCCAGGGUACCCACCAAUAUGGUGUUUUAAAUAAACAGAUUCAUUAUUUGUCUUGUCGCGUUUUUUAACACAUGUACAUAUAAAGAAACAGGCACACGCGCUAAGUUUUAUAGCGAAGCAACUCCUGUAUUCAUGGAUAUAAAUUAUCCCCUUGUUGAUGGCACAUUGAUCUAUAUAAAUCAUUUACUAUGAAUAUCGCUGUCUUCCUGAUAUAAAGCGAUUUAAAAUAAAGUAUGAUAAGAUCAGUGGGGAUCUUAUAUGCAUCAAUUUAACGUUUAAUCUUCAGUAUUGGCUCUGUACAUAUUGAUUUCAGAAUCCUUAUCUGUUAGUUAAUAUCGUUGCCCUCUCCCUCUCUCUCUAUAUAUAUAUGGUAUAGCUUUUAAACAUUUAAACCAACCCUUACUACUAGUACCCGCUACCUCUCUACAACAUAGUUUUAAAUUAAACCCUUUCGUGGAUUUCUUGUUCCUCGGUCAGCAUCAGUAAAGACUAGAUCAAUAGGAAAGGAUUUGGCAUUGAUAACAUUUAACACUCUAACGCUGAAACGUUAUAUUGUUGCAAUGUACUAAAACGGUAACAUUCUGUAGUAAUGUUACAUGAUAAUAUGAUAAAACUGUAACGUUCUAACAUGAUAUUAUGAUAAAUCUGUACUCCUUUAACAUUCUAAAUCGGUAAUAUUCUAAACCUGUAACAUUCUAACUUGGUAAUAUUCUAGAACGGCAACAUUCUAUUAUUGUAAUAUUCUAAAACUGCAACAUUCUAAAACACCCCUCACUGUAUUCAAGGGCUCCCACGGCUACCCUACGAUUUUAUUAGAAACACCAUUAACACCCAGAUAGUGCAUAUGGGUGUGCAGGAGUUUAUUCUAAUCACUUCACUGUAAAUUGCAUAUAAAAUAUACAUCCCAUGAAUACCCUUUAUAUUAUUCCAAUAUUAAAUAUAUGUGAUUUUAUGUCAGGAUCGGGGGAUUCAUAUUUAAUACUGGGCUGAGUGCAGGAGGCGGUGAGUGUGAGUGCAAUGUGUGUGUGUGGAUGUGUGUGUGCACCAAUUCCCAGGCCGCCCUUAAGGAAUGAGACCACGUGACGGCGCGGGGCGGGCGGACUCCGAGCCAUUUUGGGGACGGUGUCAGUUUCCAGUGUGAGGCUCCAGCGAGCGGAGUAGCCGAGCUAGGCAGCCAGGGCCGGGGCACAGUGAGGGGAGCCGGGCACGGAGAGCGGGCGCAGAGCGAGGCAUACAGGGCCGGGAUACGAAGCACGGGGAGCGGGAGCAGCCAGCAGGACAAAGCGACCGGAGCAUGCUCAGAGCCCCGCACUAGGAGCGGGAUCGGCGGCUCGGUGAACGGCCAGGCACGGGGAAAGGAGGGAACCGGGGAACACCCCCACCGCCAGGCGCAAGGCUGGGGGAUGAGCUGAGUGCCGACCCCCUGCCCCCCCGUACUGACAGCGUCUGCAGCUCGGAUCAAGAUGGCCGCCCCUGGGCUGCUGCUCAUCCGCUGAGCGCCCCCCCGGACACCGCAUUGUCCCCGGGACCCCCCACAACCAGCACCACGUCUUGCACCCCAAGGUACGUGAAUACCCCGCCCCUGGCUGGCGCCCCCCUUGGCGGGGGGUGGGGAUUGUGUGGAAAGGGGGAGGAGGAGGUGGGGAGAGGGAGGGGGUGGGGGGUCUGGUGGUGCACACAAAUAAAAAGGAGGGGGUGGGGUAGUAUUUUCAAGGUUGGGGAAAUGGGGUACACAGGUGGUUUGUGGAGGCUAGAUGUGGUUAAUCAAGGGUUUUAGAAAAGGGAGGCACAUGGCAAAGGGCAAGAGUACCAUCUCCUAUCUGCUUACAUGCCACUCUCUGAGCCCUCACUUACCCCCUGUCUGUUUGUUUCUGUUUUUCUACCCUGCCUCCUGACCUUGAAUCCUCCAUCUGUACUCAGACUCCCCUUCUUGCACCCCUUGCUCCAUGUUUACUCCCUCGCUCCCCUCCGUUACCCAAAACAGCGGGUUUCCAGUGUAUAAGUUGAAACAAUGACGAAAAGCAGAUUAUGAGUUGAAGAAAUUUUUAUGCAACAAUAACCUGUGCUGAUUCCCAGGGGAGAGGAGUCACAGUUUGGCAUAUGUCCUCAAAAUAUUCUGUAGAAAUAGUUUAGUCUGCAUGGGUCAAGGUGGCAGAAAUCUCCCCCUUGUCAUACAGUGCUUCGUGGUGCAUGUUAUUUGCAGUAUAUGUUUGUGGUUGUUUUUGUGUGUACAUACAUGCAAUGCCUUGCCAAAAAUUAUUUCCAACCCUGCAUAUGUCCGAUCAUACCACUAAUAUGUUUUGGGGUACAAAUGUUUCUGAUUAUGAAAGGAAAGCUGUUUCAUUGGAUGUUUGUAUUUUCUUGUUUCUUGUGGCUGUUUAAUAUCCUGUAUCCAGUUGUCAUAGUAAAUAUAUCUUCUCCUUUGUACUGAGCGAUAUUGCUUGGAUCAGCCUUGCUGGGGUACUGGGGUUGACAGUAAACAAUAAUUUCCUACACGUCUGGCCUGGGAUGUGUUACUGUAUAUAGUCGGUUUUUGCUAAACUAUGAAACCUUGUUUCUCAGAUCUUCAGGCAGACCAGCAAGAAAUGCACAUGCACGACUUUUUAGAAUCUGAUGUUUAGUUUUGACCAAAAAUAAAAUCUAUGGAAAGAAAACAGAGGAUUUAAAUUAGUGGGAUUUUUCUUGGUUACUUUAUAUUUGUAUAUUUUAUUUGCAUAAUGAACUAGAAAGUGGCAAAGGCGACAAAGUAACACCCCUGCCAAGGUAAAGCAAAAAACUCCCUGCAAUAAAUCAGUCACCAGUUUAAACAUAUAUCCACAGUUCUUAGCUUGGGUCUGACACAGUGUGCUCAUCACUAUUUGUCGGAUGUUUAAAUAACCUGGACUCAGAAAUGCAGCACUGACAUGUCUUAUUUGUUUCUUUGAUCCUAUCAAUUCAAAUAAACUGUCAGAGAUGUAAAAAAAAAAAACAAACAAAAAAACUGGUGCUUUUGAAGAAUUAAGUGUUGCAGCAUUGCUAAUUUGAACUUUGAUACACUGUAUAUUGUAGAGAAUAUAAUGGGAAAAUGGACUUGAGGUUGUGAUCAUUGAAAUAUUGCCUAACUGGCUGUGAACUCGUGUGUAACUAAUAAAUCUGCAUAGAACAGUGACCAUGCACAUGUCUGGGUGAUGGAUAUGUUGAUUGAAAAUGAAUUCUUUACUCAGUUGAUGGUGUUUUGUUCCUGCUUUAACUCAUUAUGACAGAAACACUGGCAGGCCCCUAAGAAAGCACCCAUUUUGACUUUAAUCCCAACAUAUUCGUUAAUAUAUUAUAAUUUCACUUAAGCAGAUCAAUUUUAUUUAUUUUUUUAACCCGAAAAUUAGAUUUAAGUGGAAAGUUCUCUUUAGAAAAAAAUCAUUAUUUGUCACUGCCUUCUUUUAUGGGGGAUGAAGGAUGAUUUUAGAAAUCCAUAUUAUCAUGUGGGUCUUUACAAGCUCACUGGACGUGUUCAACAUCUGCAUCAAUAUAAUAUCUGCAUUUUGUUUUUGUUAAUUGAUUGUUGGGAUUAUUUCUAAUUAACUAACUGUCUUGCUGUGCAUUAUCUUCCUUGUUGGAGGUAAUUUGGUAAGUUUUCAGAACCAAUAGUAGACACAAAGUUUCUUUUGUCUUUGAGAAAAGCCAGUCAAAAUAAUUUAUGGGGUUUGCCCCCUCCCCCACCCCCAAAUAAAUCCAGGUUGUGUCUACAUCCUUCUGACCGAGUACAUGAAGUUACUAUAUUGCCUGGGGUCUGUUAUGGAGACGUCAUAUUUGGAUCUGAAUGCACAAUAGGAUUUGAAUAGUGUCUUGUUUGAUCCCACAGUGACAACUCUCUGCACCUCUCCUGGUACUUUGGAAGCUUUUGUAGUUGCCAAUUACAAAGAACAGAAAUUCCAUGGGUGCUUUCUUCCUUUUGGGUUAGCACAAACACUGUCAUUUUUUUCCUGGAAAGGGUUUAUCCUGGGUCUAAUGUUAAACGUCAUAUUGCUUUUAAUUAAAGUAUAGUUGCCCGAAAUUGCAAAGUUCCGCCUAAAUCCUACCCCCUCCCAUAUUACCUAUAACAAAGGAGUGUAUUACUAAAAAAAAAGUCUUUGUACAACGAUGACUUAUUAGUGAGUUUAUCUCUAUUUUACUUUUACUGUCCCGAAAUUGAAAACAUAAGUUCCCCUCUUUGUAGCUUUUUAUUUCCCAUGGUACAUUGUUUGCCCUGGGUGCCUCACACCUCGUCAGCAAGCUGCCUACAAUGAGCUUCUGUCUAUUCCGUGGACGAAUCACGCGUGUGCCUCGUAUGUACAGGUUAGGCAGGCUAUCCCCUCCCGCGAAAUCCCGCUUGUUAAAUAGUAAUGUGAUGGGGGUUAUGAACAAAGAGCACUAAAGUAUAGCAAUCGCCAUGGAAACAUGUAGAACGUCCACACUGAUUGCUCCUCUUUUAGAACUGUGUGUAUAAUCAUUGAGUCGGAAGAAAGCUUGAAUCUAACGCUUUAAAUGCUUUGGACUACGACUCUCAUUAUGCUUGGCCAUCCUGACGAUUUAAUGAGCAUAAUGGCAGUACUAACCCCCAAGAGAUUUUUACGUUUGCCUAAUUAUGCCCAACUUGCUCUAUUCGAUGUAUUAACAUUGACUGCUCCCAUCUCUUGUCAAUGUUAAAUUUUAGCUUAGAAUAUAGAUCUGCUUAAUAGUAAUAUAUCACAACGUGAGCUUGUGGGGGUUUUUUUGGUUGUUGUUUUUGUGUGUGUGGUUUGUUUGUUUUUUGUGUUUUUUGUUAUCUGGCUUGUGGUAUUUUUUAUUUUUUGUUUUUUGUUUUUUGUUCUUGCCCAUGUACAUUAAAUGGUACACUUAAUUGUAGCACUGCAGGCAUCUACCUACCUAAAUUACACCCCAUCUUUAUGUGCAUUGCUAUUAUAGAAUUGAGACAUAUAGAUCACAAAAUCUGUGAAUUUAUCCAAGAAUCCAUGGUUCAAUACCAAGCAAUGAGUGGGGGAAUAUCUGUAUAUCUCCCUCCCACCCAUGUAUGUUGACAGGUAAAUUAGGAGAUCCCCGUACUAUUUACCUCACUUGAUGCCAGCCAUGAUUUCCCCUAAACAAGUAAAUCCCGACAGUCAGUCAUGGUAAUAGCUCUGGAACUGCAGUCUGGCCUGUGCUGUAUAAAAGAUGGCAAGUACAAAGGUCCAUCUCAGGUCAGCUUGCCCCUUUAACUACUUUAUGGGAUGAACCCCCUUUUAUAUGAGGGUCUCGGCAAUUCAUCUUAUCAGUCAAAACCGGUUAAGGUGUUGCUGUGUCCCAUGUACCUAUGGGAUUACUGUGAGUUUGUAUCAUGUGAACCAACCCGUUUAUUAUAUAAAGCUUGUGUUAUAUUAUGCACGAAUUAUGUCUACUCACCAAAGACCUUAGAGAAAAACCUUCCUAUUGUUUUGCAAGUCGAUGUGUCUUAUUUGGUUAUUUUGGCCUAAAUGUUGCUAGUCGAUUGUUACCCCAGCAAUCUACAUUGAACGGACUCCAAGAAAUAUUCAUAUAUUCUGAUAAGCGGGUAUAUUGUACACUGUGGAUAUGUGCUUUCUGACGGUGCAUCUCUAAAUAUGACCGUAUAUUGACUAUAUUAAAAUAUAACACAAAACGAAAUCGUUUGUAUUUGUGUAUACAGGUAAAUCGACGUAAAUUUUAGCAGGGUGCCUUAGUAUGAUUGCUAUGAUUUUCCGGUGGUCCCAUGGACCCUCUGGUUGGAUGACUGGUGUUGUUUCCAUUAUUGUCCAGGAUAGAUAGUGUACUGUUACCUGAAAUAGAGGCUGGGGUACAGUGAAUUGUUGCCGUACUGGAGGUUGGCUAUGGCAAGGCUCUAGUGCAGUUGGAUCCAUUGGGAACUCUGUUCCAUUACUGUGUUUUCAUACGGUACUUACUAUAAAGAGCACUACAUACAGUAUAGGGCAUUCAUUCAGAGGAUUCGGGCAUUUUCAAAUUGUAGAAAAGCACAUGUUGAGUGCUCUACCUUUUUAUUUCUAGGCAGCUUAUAAGUUCCUAGUGCUAUGUAUGUAUUAAUGUGCUUUUCCCUUCACACGAUGCAGAUUUUAUUUUCACAGACUGACAUUUGUUUAUAUAUAUAUAUUCUCUAUCUAUCCGAAUUGUAGGUUGAGAUAAAGUGUGCGCCCAAUAUUGCCCGAUAUAACGAAUUACCGGUGUAUCGUAACUACUAAUAAUUCCCAGGAUAGAAUGUGAUUGGCUCUGGACUUCUAGUAUUGUCCCGAUGGGUUGAGGUGUGUGAUUCAAAAGCAGUGAACAAAUUGGAGGAUGGGGUGUCGAGGUUCCACUGUACUAAAUGUAUUGGAGGAUAGGGUGUCUUGGCUCCCAUGUGUUGACAGUGCUGUUGGUUUUGGAAGUCCUGGUUCCCCAGUACUGUCAGGAUUGGUGGUUUUGGGUGUCCUUGUCCCAUAAUGUUCCCCGGAGGAGAUAAGGGGAUGUAUUCAGUUUGUGUCCGUCCCCCAUCCGUUUCCACUCAGCCCUUUGUCUCCACUUCUCUCACUGUUACCCUGUAUGCCUCUUAAUGUGGCUGCUCUCCUUUUCUCAAGUCCUGCUCCAUUCCUCUUCCGGCCAACCCCUACUAAUGGAAAUUAUACGAGAUCACGGUGAUAUCUCUCCCCCCUAAAACAUCAUGGCAUCCUUUCAUAAUUCUACAUCACUGCAUGUUUACACCCCUCCUUUACAGCCUCAUUCACUGCAUGUUUACAUCCUUCCUUUACAGCCUCAUUCACUGCAUGUUUACAUCCUUCCUUUACAGCCUCACUCACUGCAUGUUUACAUCCUUCCUUUACAGCUUUACUCACUGCAUGUUUACAUCCUUCCUUUACAGCCUCAUUCACUGCAUGUUUACAUCCUUCCUUUACAGCCUCAUUCACUGCAUGUUUACAUCCUUCCUUUACAGCCUCACUCACUGCAUGUUUACAUCCUUCCUUUACAGCUUUACUCACUGCAUGUUUACAUCCUUCCUUUACAGCCUCACUCACUGCAUGUUUACAUCCUUCCUUUACAGCCUCAUUCACUGCAUGUUUACAUCCUUCCUUUACAGCUUUACUCACUGCAUGUUUACAUCCUUCCUUUACAGCUUUACUCACUGCAUGUUUACACCCCUUCUUCACAGCCUCACUCACUGCAUGUUUACAUCCCUCCUUUACAGCCUCACUCACUGCAUGUUUACAUCCCUCCUUUACAGCCUCACUCACUGCAUGUUUACAUCCCUCCUUUACAGCCUCACUCACUGCAUGUUUACAUCCCUCCUUUACAACCUCACAGCAUGUUUACAUCCUUCUUUCACAGCCUCACUCCAUGCAUAUUAACCCUUAUCCAAUAUGUCCUCUCGAUAUUACACUCCUAAUCGAUCUGACUGCAUUUUUACCGCUCUCCAUAACUUUCACCUCACUGGAUCUUUACCCUUUUUAACAGCCUCUUACUCUUCCAUAAAUCUAUACCUCGUUGUAUGUUUUUACCAUCUUUUCUAUACAUUCCCCCUCACACAUUAUUACGUGUUCAUCUUAGUACACCUCGCUUCAUGUUUAUACCAACAGCUCACUUAAUGUAUAACUUCACCUAUACAACACCCACACUUUUCCAUUUAAUCCUCUAGUGCCCCUGUCACGUCGCUUUUAGUUAAUUUUAUUUGUUUCCCUGAGAUCUAGUGAACCAUUGUAUGUAUUGAUUAUGGAUACUUUUUAAAGAAUAUUUUGCUGUUUGUUUCUGUUGCUGUUUCUGUUGCAGUUCGGCUGCUGACCGGCAACCGUUAUUUUUUGGUCUGGCACAGGUCUGAUUGGCAUUAUAAACGAAUGCCCCCAGAGCCAUAUGACGACCCCCGUUAUUAUACUGCUAGUAGGAUAUUCAGUGUCGCAGAUCAAUUAACCCUUUCCCUACUGCUUGUCUUCACUGCCAAAUAGGGGUUAAGACAUUUGCCUUGGGCACCCCUUGUAACUGGCUGGUGGAUCUCCCUCCCCAUCUCCAGGCGGUGGCAAGAUGCCAAGUGUAAAUGCAGGUUGCUAUGGUAACGGGAGGAUUGCAGCUCGGCACCAGAACACGACAAUGUGCUUUUUCCAUCAAUAAAUCAGUCUGUCUUCUGGAACCCUUCCUCUCCGGGUGUCCUUUCCAAGCUGGACCGCUCGUGGUGAGGUGGGUCUGCAACCAAUGUCCGGCUCACUUUUAAUUGCAAUCAGUCUGGUUGAUAACCUAAUGUAUCCCCAGCCACACCAAUAACCUGAGAGGGAAACUGAGGAUGCGCAGAUUAUCGGGGGUUAAUGGUUUGAGGAUGAUCAAAGUCCCAUUUUAGCAUGCAGACAGAGCUUUUCCGUGACUGGCAGUGAUAUGAUGUUAACUAUUCCUCCUGGAUAGCGAAUGGUAGAGCUUUCUGUGUGGCUGUAAAUGGCAAAAGAAAGGAGUUUGCACCUUGGCAGGUAAUGAAAUACGCUUUCUUUUUUGGGGAGGGGCGGGGGUUGGUAGUAAAGGUGUUCUCUCUGUGGCUGGCUGAUGGUGGACCUUUUCUCUGUGGCUGGCUGAUGGUGGACCUUUUCUCUGUGGCUGGCUGAUGGUGGACCUUUUUCUCUGUGACUGCCCGGUGGAUCUUUCUCUGUGGCUGACUGGCUGGCGGUGGAUCUUUCUCUGUGGCUGACUGGCUGGCGGUGGAUCUUUCUCUGUGGCAGGCUGGCUGGCGGUGGAUCUUUCUCUGUGGCUGACUGGCUGGCGGUGGAUCUUUCUCUGUGGCUGACUGGCUGGCGGUGGAUCUUUCUCUGUGGCUGACUGGCUGGCGGUGGAUCUUUCUCUGUGGCUGGCUGGCUGGUGGUGGAUCUUUCUCUGUGGCUGGCUGGCUGGUGGUGGAUCUUUCUCUGUGGCUGACUGGCUGGCUGGUGGACCUUUCUCUGUGGCUGGCUGGCUGGUGGAUCUUUCUCUGUGGUGGCUGGCUGGCUGGUGGUGGAUCUUUCUCUGUGGCUGACUGGCUGGCGGUGGAUUUUCUCUGUGGCUGGCUGGCUGGUGGACCUUUUCUCUGUGACUGACUGGCUGGUGGACCUUUUCUCUGUGACUGGCUGGCUGGUGGACCUUUUCUCUGUGACUGGCUGGCUGGUGGACCUUUUCUCUGUGACUGGCUGGCUGGUGGACCUUUUCUCUGUGACUGGCUGGUGGACAUUUCUCUGUGGCUGGUUGGCUGCUGGUGGUUUUAUAAGUAAAUGAUAUAAAUAAUGCAUUGAGCUUUCUAUCGUUUUGAUUUCUUUGCUUAUUGUUUGUAUCAUUUUAAAAUGCUCCUAUCUGUUACUAUGUGCCUUACCUCUUUUCAUACAAAUAUAUGUUGUCCUUUGUUUCAUAUUGGGUUAACUUGCAGUUGUAAAAUUGAAUUUCCUUUGUAUAGUCUUAUGACCUCUUUCAAAAUAGUGUCCAUACAUUUUGAGAGCUUUGAAAUGGGAAUUGUCGGCUUCCUUUUUAAAUUACGUAGGUGUGCUGCAUAUCAGACUAAAACGGAGAGUAUAUUUAGUAAAUAGACGCAGGUAACACAUUCUAGAGCUUGGAAUUCUAUUCACCCCUAUGCAUGACUAAAUGCGGGGCUAGAACGCGGGAGGUCAGGUCUCUGCGCGGCGCGUUAAUCAGUACAUAUGAAAUGGAUCUUCAAUGUCAAGUCUGUCCGGGGAUCUUCCCAGAAUCCUCUGCCUCCCUGUCUAUUGACCAGCUCACUUCAUGUGUUCCCCCACACCCCUCCUCCCUCCCCUCCACCCCAGGUGCCACAGGUAGCUUAUCCAUUCUGGGGUUUUUUUUCUUACUUUUUUUCUAGAACCCCCCUUUGUACAGCAAAAAUGCAUCGUACAACCAGGAUCAAAAUUACCGAGCUCAACCCCCAUCUCAUGUGUGUCCUUUGUGGAGGAUAUUUCAUCGAUGCAACAACCAUCAUUGAAUGUCUACAUUCCUGUAAGUAAGGCUUUUUUUGUCUAGAUUCCUGAGAAUUCGCGGGUGGGUGGGGGGUUGAUGCACAAUCCAAUGUGAACUCCCUUUUAACUCUUCGAGUGCCAUGCGAGUUACCUUGAAUUAUUAAGCUCCCUUUAUUUUCCAUUAAGCACUGAGAAUCGCCCCUAUUUUGCUUUAGAUAGCACGCUUUUUGUUUGAAAGAUGACGCGUUAUUCUGUGGUGACAUUUAUUGUAAUAAUGCGUUUGUUUUAUCUUUGCUUUUGUUUCCAGUUUGUAAGACAUGCAUUGUGCGUUAUCUGGAGACGAGCAAAUAUUGUCCUAUCUGUGAUGUUCAAGUUCACAAAACAAGACCUCUUCUCAAUAUCAGGUAGGUCUUGACCUUCCCCUGCUUUUCUGGAGAGCCGUAUGUGUUAUUGCAGCAUUCACUGGGGAAUUAGGGCAUCAUAUAAAUUGCCAGGUAUGUAACAAGAUCUUCUACAGUUUACUGAAUGUGUUUUUUUUUUUUUUUUUUUUCUUUGUCAAACUCCAGGGCAGAUAAAACUCUCCAAGAUAUUGUGUACAAGUUGGUACCAGGUCUUUUCAAAAGUAAGUGCCCUUCAUUAUGUUUUCUACUUUUACAAUGUAACCCAACCAGCUUAAUAGGACAAAUCCCAUUUGUAAAAAAUGUUGUUGUUUUUUUUUUUUGUAGAUGAAAUGAAAAGAAGAAGAGACUUCUAUGCUGCCCAUCCUUCUGCAGAUGGUAAAAUAGUCUUGUUUAGUGCAUGGUCACUUCUAGUACCUGAACUUCAAUAUUGUAAGGAUUGUAUUAAGAAAUGGUUUCCCCUAAAUAUAACUGUAUUUACUCGCGAGUUCUCAGUCUUUGAUAGGAGUACUAUAUUAACUGUAAAAUAGAUACAAACCAUUAAGAGGCUGUUCAUAAAAUAUGUUCACGAGAAACUAGAACUCUAUACUGAUAGAGGUUUUAAGUCCACAAGUCACAGAAUAGUUCAUGGAUUCUUUUAAUACCGUUUAGUUAAGUGUGAUUUCCGAGCUUGAUCAAAUGUUUCCUUCAAUUCGAAUGUUUUCUAGUAAUUUUUUUUUUUUUUUGGUAGACAUAAAGUUUAAGCAUGUAGCCUGCCUUUAAGCUGUGUUGAGGGGUGAUAUGGUUCUGUAACAGAGGUGUUUCUCCCCCCCACCACGUUUGUUUUAUGCCGAUGGGAAAAGAACUUGGAUGAAUAUGUCUCUAGCAAGGUUUAUGUUCUAAAUGACGAAUUGUCGGAUCUGCCAAUUUUAAGCCAAACAUAUCUACAUUGGAGUAUAUUUUGGCUUAGCAUUAGCAAUUCCCUUUUAGUAAAUAACCCUGCAGCAAAACUGUCUCUAAGCUAAUGGGCUGUGUUUUUAGCCUCCAAUGGUUCCAAUGAAGACCGAGGGGAGGUGGCAGAUGAAGACAAGAGGAUCAUUACAGAUGAUGAAAUUAUAAGUUUAUCCAUCGAAUUCUUUGACCAGAAUAGGUAAGUGAUUAGUUUUUUUUUUAUUUUUGUGGGGGAGAGGAUUUUUUUUCUUUUCCUUUUUUACCUCCAUCUUGAUGAUGGGUUUAAGACUAAGAGGAAUGUCCAACAUUGUGUUUUAUUUAAAUAUAUUUUUCAUUUUAGGAUGGACUGUAAAGGUAACAAAGAAAAAGACAAAUCAAAAGAAGAGGUAAUAGUCUUCAUUUAUUGGAACAUAUUUCACUUUAAUGAUGUUGUAUUAUUUUAGUUCUUGUAAACCCAGUGCUUUGACUAGAAGCCUCAAAAAACGUCUUGCAUAUCCACGGCAGAUACACUCCUCUCUCUCUCCCUCUCUCUCUCUCAUCUUUUAUUGCAUGCCGUCCCUAUGUUCAUUGUUUAUCCAGCAGAAGGUCUUGGCUCCGCAAUAGCAGAGCUUCUGCUGCAGCACACUGAAUCUAUUGAGCUGCACUGCACGCACAGGCUGCAGUGACAAGGCCAACAGCCUCCUAGAGGGGGCUUCAGUGUAGCUCUCGUUGCAAAUUGUAGCAAUCACUCUGACCACUCGGAGCAAGCUCUAAAGAACACACCCCACUGUAUAUAAUCUGAUACUAUGUGUGCUGUGAGUUAAUUAACCAGUUGGGGGGCAAUUCUCUUUCAGGCCAAUGACAAGAGAUACUUGCGCUGUCCUGCAGCAAUGACAGUGAUGCAUCUAAGAAAAUUUCUGAGAAGUAAAAUGGACAUUCCCAGUAACUUUCAGGUAACUUUACAAACUUAAUAACAUGUUUCGAGCUGCAAAGAGACGAUUAAACCGGGUUACCCAGUUACACGCCUGUACAGCCACUUAAAAUAAGUAAAUUGUGGAAUUAGAACAAGUGAAAAGGCAGCUAUAACAUUAAGUAGAUGGACAUUAGCUAUGUGUAAAAGCUAGAAGACUUAAACUGACUGACUUUGGAAAAUAAGGAAUCUCAGUGACGAUAUUUAUAGAAAUGUAUACAGGGUCAGUGCAAUUAACUCUCUAACAUGUUUAUAAAUAGGAAAAAAUACAAGUCAGCCAUUUUGCAUUCUUUGCAGUAAGAAUUAGGUGUGGAAUUCUCUGCCUAAGGAAGUUUUAUCAUAUUUGUGCACAUUUUAAAGAACAUUGAUUUUUAAAAUUAUUUAUUUACUUGAAAAAAAUCCCAGAAUAUUCAAAGAUAUAUUUGAGAUGUUGUAUAAGAGCUUGUUGCUCCAAACAGAAAUCUGAGUAGAAUUUUUUUUUUUCCCUAUAGUUUAGAGAUCUUGAAAUUGUGUGUUUCUGCCCCCUUUGGAUUAUUAACCGAAACAAAUAUGUGAAAUAACUUGGUAGACAUUACUCUUAAUAUGUUAAAGGUCUAGAGGGCCAUAGUGUGUGGAUAUAUACCUGACUGCAUUACAUUAAGGGUUUAUUCACUAAAAUAGUGCACUGUGAUUCAGUGAAAAAACUGUUACAAGUCUUCACCGACCCAUUUUGUUUUCCUUUCCUCCAUGUUCCGUGGUUCUGCAUUUCUAUUCUGGGCUAUUGGUAAUUUCUAGUUAAAGGGAAUUACAACAUAUACUAUAUCCUUUCUAACCUCCCCUUUAGCAAAGCGAAGCCGUAUUCACUUGUGUGCAAUAUGUGUGUGUGUGUAUAUGUAUGUAUGUAUGUGUGUGUGUGUGUGUGUAUAUGUAUGUAUGUGUGUGUGUGUGUGUGUAUAUGUAUGUAUGUGUGUGUGUGUGUGUAUAUGUAUGUAUGUAUGUGUGUGUGUGUGUGUGUGUGUGUGUAUGUAUAUAUGUGUAUAUAUAUAUAUAUAUAUAUAUGUGUGUGUGUGUAUAUUCUUAAUAUUAUAACUCUGCUUUUCGAGGCACUUCAAUUAAUGUUUAGAGAAUAAACUCCUAAAUAUUAGGGAAACUAGACAAAGAUACUAAACUGUGUGAGACGUAAAUAAUCAACUUUGCAAAUGUAAGACUAAAAAGUGCUCUUUGGGUUUAAAUUUUGAAAAACCAUUAACCAACUUCACACAUCUCAUCUUGUACUAAAUAAACGCCCUACGUGUCAGAACAGUCAUGGCACCGAUUUAAAGCCGAACACGUGGUGAAAGCAUAAAUAAAGCACACUGUUUCGAUUUUCUUUUUAACAGAUCGAUGUGAUGUAUGAAGAGGAGCCCCUGAAAGACUAUUACACGUUAAUGGAUAUUGCAUAUAUCUAUACAUGGAGAAGGGUAAAUUUGGAUUGCCUUUGAUCAGAUGGGUGAUGCGUGGUUAAACUUCACCUCCAUUUAUGUGUGGCUUUAUAUAUAUAUAUUUUUUUUCCCCCCAAUUUGCAGAAUGGUCCUCUCCCUUUGAAGUACCGGGUCAGGCCCACUUGUAAGAGAAUGAAGAUUGCCCACCCUGCAGACAGAAUUAAUAACACCAGUGGGGACCUUGAAAGUGACUCAGGCAGUGAAAAGGGGGGCAGCCCAGCCGGGGGAAUGCCUUCAACGUCAUCCUGUAUGCCAAGUCCCAAUACACCGGUACAGUCCCCACACCCACAAUUCCCUCACAUCUCCAGCACCAUCAAUGGGACCAAUAGCAACUCAAGCUCCAACCACCAGAACCUAUUCACCAACAGAGUAAGGAAAAUAUCCCUCAAUGGUUCUUCUGCCACUUCCUCUGGCUGA